GAACAGAUACUCUCCAUCUUCAUAUCACUGUGGAAGUAAAUUCCAGUGUCACUGUAGAGGAUGAAGAGGCCACAAGUUCCACAAAAAUAUCAAUUGCCAGUGCUGCUGUUGGUGUGACUGUAUUCAUCAUUAUAACUGGAGUUAUCCUGGGAUUUAUCCACAGAAGAAAACAUCACAGUUAAAACAGUGCUGUGUGAAGAGGAAGCAGCGGUUUCCUUAUUAUAAAAAGCACUUAAACUGUUGCUCAGACCUCUUGACCAGCAUGGCUGUUUGGGAACUGUGGUUUGUUCCCCUUCUGCUGCUGCCUUUUUUGUUUAUUGACUGCAAAGUGACUCUUUUGAAAACCGCCGGGAGAGAACCAUAUAUCACUCCAAUAUGCACAGAUGAAACACUGAAUACCAUCAUUCUUGUAGCAUGUAAGAUCAGAACAGAGAGGAGCAGAGGAGAAGAAUGUUACUUGGCGUUCAAAUAUGGAGAGAAGAUUUUUAAUGGAUGUGACCCCAGAUUCACAUUUAUGAAAAAGAAUCAGACUGUAUUUCUUCACCUGACCAGUUUAACACCAGUGGAUAGUGGGAACUAUAGCUGUGAGUGUACACAUCCUGGAGUAACAAAUAUUCUCCAUCUUCAUAUCACUGUAGAAGUAAAUUCCAGUGCCACUGUAGAGGUUGAAGAGGCCACAAGUUCCACAAAAAUAUCAAUUUCCAGUACUGCUGUUGGUGUGACUGUAUUCAUCAUUAUAACUGGAGUUAUCCUGGGAUUUAUCCACAGAAGAAAACAUCACAGAAACUCUUCAAGAACAGACACAGCUGGAUCAUCUGUAUGUAAAACUCCCACCGGAGAUGACCCAGAUGACCCCUACACAAGCCUUCAGCAGCCAGCAAAUAAUCUCUACCAAACCAUCUCCUCAAUACACCAUCAACAUGACGCCAAGACAACAGCCAGCAAUGUGAUGGAGCUGGAUGAUCAGGAAAUAGAUGGAAGAGAAACUGAUCCAAGUUGGGAAAACUAUGAAAACAUACAGCAAGAAAACACAGGACGUUUUGUGUAGAUUCACUACUUGGUCAUAAGAGAUACGUGUUUAAUGGAUUGUGGUGUGAGUCUAAUAUAUCCCAGGUUCAACCACAACAGCAUCUUAAUGUAGUUAUUAGCAUUGUGACUUGUUCUUGCAUGCUGUUUCAUGAGGCUAAUAGCUAGAAGUUUCUAGUCACAUUCUUCAAUCAGAUAGGAUUGAUAUUUUCCAAAAGCUAACAGCAUGAAACCUCAACAUCUCUGAUUCUUUCUUGCUUACUGCUUACUUGUUACUGAGUUUGGCUAGUUUGUUCAGAAAUGCUCUGUGUAAAACUGUUGCAGUGGGCGAUAAAAUCAACAAAUA